AUGGCUGAAGGAGACAAGCGCCGCACCCCGUCCAGAGAAGUGCCCUCUACAGGGAAAAUGUACAAAACAUUGCUCGAGACACGGAUGGCGAACCUCCGACUGCGUGAAUGUUCUGCCCGCGAGGGAAGAAUGUAUCCAUUUGGGGGUUUGGACGGAGGAACAGAUGCAAGAAGGACUCUGGGGGGACCCAUAAACUCACACCAAGCAGCUGGUGCCAGACCCAAGACCGGUCUCCUCUCUGGACCAUCCAGUUCCACGACUUCAGGAAGAUCAAUGCUUCCGUAUGUCGUUGGAAGUCGAACGGAAAAAGCCAAAAUGGUCCCAACACUGCUUUUUGGCUCACGUGAAACCAGUCACAGAGGUGAUCAGACGUCAUCUUUGGAGAAAAACAGGAAAAGGGGAUCCAUACGCGAAUCUCCAAAAACAACAUACGGAACAGGAGACUUGAGAUAUGACUUUGAGCCGCAGGGAACCGUGAUCAGAGCACAGAUAGAUUUUGAUUUCCUCCCCUGGCCUGAGUGA